AUGGAGGAAGAUUUGAAGUUGGGGUUUACACUGAAAGAACUGACGUUUUCUGGUUUGAAUGAACAGGACGAAGCGUCUCGCAACUCGACCACAUUGGAGCUGCAUGAUGACAAACUGGUUUGUGUGGAGUAUCCAGCGAUCAUUUCUAGCGUGGACAAGAUGCUGGAGACUCUUGGCGGUGAACAAACACUGUCUCAAACAUACUCCAAUCCGAACCUACGAUUAGAGCUGCGCUAUCGACCUCAGGAUCCUUUCUGUCACUUUCUGUGCGGAAACCGCUUCUCUUCCAACAACCUUCUCCUCCGUGUGAGAAGGAGAAUACGAAAAAGAGAUGCCAAAGUUGCUGAGCUCAAUACGGAAAUACUUGGAGUCAUUGGAACAACAUAUAAAUUUCAAGGGAUGGCAGACUAUCAAUGUCUUGCCGUGCACUGCCAAGAUGGGAAACAAACAUCUCUAUACAACAAAAUCAUCCUUCAGAAACCUGAGAAACAAGAAUUUUUUAAACAGCCAACGCCAUAUUUCCUUCCCCCAGCCAUCUUCUCACGCCUUGACACGCCAGUGGAUUAUUUCUAUAGACCUGAUGUUGCACAAAAGCUGCAAGCAGAUGUCCAGAGCAAGACAAAUUUUAUUGGUAUGAGCAGACCCCGUCGACCUCACAACGCCAUUUUCGUCAGCUACACUGAUCCUAGUGUUCCUACCGAGGCACUGGAGGCAGCUAAGACUCACUGGGCUAGAAUCGGUGUGAGGGCGCAUGACAAGCAAGCUGAGGAAAGACUUGUUGCGAUGUUUGAGAGCCGCCCCAUCUGGUCACGGAAUGCUCUCAAGGCCAACAUUAACAUCCACCCGGAUAAACUCAAAAUGCUCCUGCCUGUCUUGGCAUAUUACAUGGUCACGGGACCAUGGAGAAGUCUGUGGGUAAAGUUAGGUUAUGAUCCCCGAAAGACAGUUGAUUCCAAGAAGUACCAGCUGCUUGACUACAGGAUGCGCUGUAGCACCAAAAGUGCCUAUUUCAUAAAUAACCUAGUGGUGAAACCCAAGAGGAGCACCCUGAAAUACACCCUGCCAAUUACAGUCAACAAGACCGCUCCAAUUCCAGCUAGUGUGACAGACCUUCCCACCCAGGAUGGUUCAAGCACCAGUCGAGAUCCAGUCCAAACUUCUUAUCAGUUAAAGGACUCAUCCUAUAUUUUCAGAGAGGGAAUGCUACCACCUCACCGGCAGAUGUUUUACCAGCUGUGUGACCUGCAUGUGCCGGGUAUCCAAGAAAUUAUUGAGCAGAACAGCGGUGCAGAGGAAGUGUGCAAUGAACGGGAUGGCUGGUGUCCUGUCGGCACCACUGACAAGCUGAGAAACGUGAUCUCAACAAUGAUCAAAAAGGUUAUCAAAGCACAAAAAUUGCCGAUGCAACAGAGACGUACAGCCCGGCGUUCUAAUGGGGAUGCCGAAGAUGAGGAAGAUGAAGAAGACAAUGAUUAUGAGGAUGACAAUGAGGAAGAUGAAUAUCAACCAUCAGAUGGAAGCGAAAAUGAGAUGGAGACAGAAAUACUGGAUUACAUGUGA